AUGAAUAGUUCCGAGGACGAGUCGCAAUACCCAACGGGCCUAAAGCUAUGGCUUGUUGUCUUCUCUCUAUGCAUGUCCGUCUUCCUGGUAGCACUAGACCAAACGAUCAUUGCCCCAGCUCUAGGCACUAUCACGGACCAGUUCGACUCAAUUACAGACAUCGGCUGGUACGGUGCCUCGUACCUACUCACGUCGACGGCCAUGCAGCCCAUCUUUGGCACGGUUUACCGCUUGUUCAACGUCAAAGCCACCUUCCUCGCCGCCGUCAUCGUCUUCGAGCUAGGCAGUCUCGUGUCAGCCGUGGCGCCAACGUCUAUCGCCUUCAUCGUCGGACGAGCCAUCGCCGGCCUGGGUACUGCUGGCAUCUUCUCUGGAACAUUUGUUAUCCUUGGCUUUAUGCUGCCACUCCGCAAGCGACCCGCUACUUUUGGCCUGUUCGGCGCUCUCUGGGGUAUCUCUUCUGUCGUCGGGCCAUUACUCGGUGGCGCCUUUGCUGAUCACGUCACAUGGCGUUGGUGCUUCUACAUAAACCUGUCUAUUGGAGGCGUGGCCAUGACAGCCGUUAUUUUCAUGCUGCAUCUUCCCCGAGAUGACAAGACUGGGGGCGGGCUCAAAUCUAUACUGUCUCGAGUGUUGCAGCUGGACCUACCGGGUGCCUUCACCCUAAUCCCAUCGAUCAUUAUGCUUCUUAUCGCUCUUCAGUGGGGUGGCACUAAGUACCCAUGGCACAACUCUCGUGUCAUAGGCCUCUUCGUUGGUGCUGGCGUUGGCGCCGUCGUCUUCGUUGGCAUCGAGAUUUGGCAACAGGACAAAGGUCUUCUACCACCUCGCUUCUUCAGGAAUCGCAGCGUCUUAUGCGCCAUGCUAUUUGCCAUGUUCUUCGGUGCCUCUUUCUUCCCAAUGGUAUACUACCUGUCACUGUAUUUCCAGGCUGUCCAAGGCGAUAGCGCCGUCCAUGCAGGCAUUAAAAUUUUGCCAUUUUUAAUUGCUAUGGUUAUUAGCUCCAUGCUGAGCGGCGUUCUCGUCACGAACUUCGGCUAUUACAACCCUGUUAUGAUCUGCGAGACGGCUCUUCUCACGGCGGGCGCCGGUCUUAUUGCAUCUUUCUGGAUCGACACGCCAAUGCAUGAGUGGCUCGGCUACCAAGUCGUCAUGGGUCUUGGUACUGGCGUCUGCUUCCAGGCACCAAUCAUAAUCGUGCAGAACAUACUUGCCCAAGAACUUAUUCCACAGGCCACUGCCUGCGUCCAGUUCUUCCAAUCGCUCGGUGGUUCGGUAUUUAUUGCUGUGUCCCAGACAGUAUUCGAAAACGGCCUCGUCCAGCACCUUGUGCAUGACGUUCCCGACAUUGACAGCUCGCUCAUCGUUAACAGCGGCGCCUCUCAGAUCCGUCAAUUACUCAUCAAUAUGGGACGUGCGGAUGCUAUUGAUGCAGUCCUCGGUGCUUACGUCUUAGCUGCUCGAAACGUGGCCAGCGAAACCAGCGAGCUAUUAGAGCCCAUCCCCGACUGCAUCAAGUUUAUCAACAGCCCCUACGGCACUCUUCCCGCAAAUGCUAUAGACAACGACACUAUGAAUGGACCUGUCUAUGUUCUGGCAGUUCAAACGGCCUGUGCAGACGACACACAGAAGCGAGACCGUAACCCGGACGACGACGGACCUCCACCGGCCAAUGACGUGGUCCAGGAGCUGGGCAAUCCCAUAGUGUCUGAAGACGACGGAGAAAAAGUCAUUGUGCAGUUCAAGCGAAAGACGGCACAGGUGUAUCGGCCCACGAGGACGUCAGCGGCAAACGCAGCGAAUUCGGGACGCGACACACGGCCUUUGUCGAAAAGCAACCGUACCAGCGGCACCAAGGCAACGGGACCGACAAGCGACAACCACAGCGGAGAAGUGCGUGCCGUUGACUGCGGAGCUGAGCGGUACUGCACACAUGCAUGUCUGCUCGGCCUGCGUGACGGUGGCCCUCUUGACUGGCGCUGCCCCAACGUCCGGCAGCUUACGAAGUCGGCAUCAAUCGGCACGCAAAAAUGGCACCAACAACAUCAUCCUAUUGGUUACGCUGACUUCAUGCGGCUCUUGCGGCAGCAGCUAGCUGACGACCUCGACAAGUACGGCAAGCUUGACGCCAUCGGCCUUCUCUUCCGGCUGACGCUCCAGCCAUUUGGCUACUGCGAGGCGGCCAAGGGCGUGCAGACGGUGGACUGGCCGCGACUGCAAACUGAACUUGGUGCCUAUGCGGAAGCGGAAGCGCUCUGGGAGCAGCGUUGCACGGGAGUUUGCGCCUAA